AUGUGGUCAGCUGAAAUAUUUUUCCGCCCAGGGAUGUGCGUUCGCGUUGCGUUUCUCUAUUCACUCAGCCUCUUGACGGAUGAUUGCAAACUAGCCAGCAGUGGAUUGGCUUAUGAGAUGGGUAACUUGUUGUGCUGCGUAAGGGAAACGACUUCUAAUCGCGAUGAUAAACAGGAUGAGUAUGGAAGAAAUCACACCUAUGAAUUUCAGUAUUACAAUCAAACGUUGCAGCGUGAAGACACAUCACAAAAUUUCCUACCCCACAUCAGUGAAAGAGAAGCGACCGAUGAUUGUGAAGAUGACCCAUCAAUCCAUCCGACAGUGCGACCGACAUUUAUUGAACGCAGUCGAUCGGAGAUGAAAAUUAAAGAUAAUCGACGGUCAUGUUAUCGACUAGAUGCUCUGCUCGCAAGUGGCCAGCCGGGGUUGGGGAAUUCAUUGCGAAAAUCAUCUUCGUGCUCUACCAUUUAUUUGGACGAUUCGACGAUUUCACAGCCAAAUUUGAAAAACACGAUUAAAUGUAUCGCCUUGGCUAUUUACUAUCACAUCGCGAAUCGCAAAAAUCGAGGAAAUGAGCGCUUGAUGGAGAUUUUCGAGGAGCGGCUUCAUCCAAUCACCCGCGAUCCGUUGCCGCCCGAAGUGGUCACACGCGAUCCUGAUCAUCGUCAAAUUUAUCGAUUCGUUAGGACACUAUUUCAUUCAGCUCAACUUACUGCGGAAUGUGCAAUAAUUACACUGGUCUAUAUUGAACGAUUACUCAACUAUGCAGAAAUGGAUUUAUGCCCAUCAAAUUGGCGUCGGGUAGUAUUAGGUGCUAUUAUGUUGGCUUCAAAGGUAUGGGACGAUCAAGCCGUUUGGAAUGUUGAUUAUUGUCAAAUCUUACGGGAUACCAACGUCGAUGACAUGAACGAAUUGGAACGACGUUUCCUUGAAUGUUUGGAUUUCAACAUCAACGUUCCAUCUUCGGUUUACGCCAAAUACUACUACGAUCUACGAACGUUGGCUAUUGCUAAUGAUUUGCAAUUACCUCUUCUUCCAUUGUACAAAGAGCGUGCUACGCGAUUGGAGGCGAUGAGUCGGGUGUGUGAGGAAAGAAUGGGAUCUCUUAAGCGCAGCAUUUCCGCCGAAAAACUUUUCUACGAGCAUCGAGCGCCGGUUGUGAUCUCC